AUGCGUUUACGUGAUCUAUUUCGUAGUCAAACAACUAAUGAACGAAAAUUAACUUCAUCUAUUUUACCAGUACUUGAUGUCAAUACAUUCAUCAAUGCUGCAUUAGAUAAAGAUAUUGAUACAUUACAAAAAUAUCUUUAUGCAGGUUUCCCACCAGAUCAACCAGAUCCAUUAACAAGAGUAACCGCAUUGCAUAUUGCUGUUGAAUCAGCUAAUUUACGUUUUGUUCAAAUAUUAUUACAAGCAGGUGCUCAAGUUAAUGUAUGUGAUUCAAGUUUUUCAACACCACUUCAUAUAGCUGCUUAUAUGGGAUUUGAAGAAAUUGUACAGAUACUUUUAAUAAAUGGUGCUGAUAUGUCUUAUCGAGAUAAUACCGGUCGUAAUUCAUUUCAUUUAGCUGUAUCAACUGGAAAUAAUCGAUUAGUUCAAUAUUUUCUUUUACAUAUGAAUACAGAACAAAGUAUUAUAAAUACAACAGAUGCAUAUAAUUGGACACCAUUAAUGUGUGCUUGUGCUAGUAUUCAUCCAUCUACUUGUACUUUUCUCUUAUCUUAUGGUGCUGAUAUAAGCGCAAUCAAUGAUCGUGGUAUGAAUGUAUUUCAUAUUGCUGCUUUUCUUGGUUCAUUAUCUCUUGUUCAUGAACUUUUGAAUUCAUCUAUCGAUGAAGAAAUACUUCUUACAACACUCAAUCAAGGUGACAAUCGAAAUCAAACGCCAUUAUUUUAUGCUUGUGUUGAAGGUCAUCUCGACGUCGCAUUGACCUUACUACACGCCGGUGCUAAUGCUUAUCAUAUAGACAAUGAUAAACAAACAUGUUUACAUGCAAUGUUAUCGUCAAGUAUUACAUUAAAACGUCACAUACGUUUAUUUUAUCGUUUUAUUGAAUUUGUUGAUUUUCGAUUUCAUCAAGAUAAUCUUAGUCGAACAUUACUUGAUCUUGCUUAUUUAAAUCAAAUAAAUACAAUUAUUUAUCUAUUAAUUUUACUUAAUUAUAAACGUAAUUAUGCUAUUCUUUCUCAUGAUGAUUAUUAUGAUAGUACAUCAUCAGCACAAAUCUAUUCACUUCGUCAAUUAUGUAUACUUUCAUUUAAACGCUCAAUAAUUUAUCAUCAAAAUCAAAAACAAUUAUCACAACAUGAACUAUUAGAAAAUGCUUUACAACAAAUAUUUCAUAUAAAUAUAAAUGGAGAUACUGCUGCUGCUGCUUCGACGACUGAAUUAUCAGAUAAAAAAUCAUUCGAUGAUUUAUCUGGUAUAAAUAAAAAAAAUUCUAAAACAAUAAAAAAAUCUCGAAAAACAUUGAAUAUGUAUUCAACAAUACAACAUGAUAUUGAACAACAUGCACAAUCAAGUUGGUCAAUAUUUACGAAUAAAUUUAAACCUCAACGAACAUCAACUGCUCAACAGGAAUCAACGAGUACACCCACAGUAAUCACAAACCAUGAACAUCCUAUGAAAAAUUUAGCUUUAGCCAUAUUAAUAUCUCCAACAAAACUUGAUGAUUUACUUGAUUUUCCUUCAUUAAAUAAUAAUAAUCAUUUAUUAUUAGAAGAUAUUAAAACAGCUAUGAAUAAUUAUAAGCUUGAUGGAGCUGAUUCAUCUAAUGAGAUAUAA